GCCUGCAACUGGCAGCAUGCGGAGGUGAAAACAGACCUCUAAUCACCGAUCGAGGUUUACACCCUUGACGGUAUUUUUCUAAACCCCUGGAUCAGUCAUUUUAUUUGAAUUAAAUACGUGGUUUACUACGAAUCAACCAUGCAUUCGAGCAGAGGAUUAUCGCGGAGGAAUUGCCCCGAAUCCCUGAGCUGCAGCUGGGGCACCGAGCUCUGGGAUCAGUUUGAUAACUUGGAGAAGCACACGCAGUGGGGCAUCGAGUUUGUGGAGCGCUACACCAAGUUUGUCAAGGAGAGAUCUGAAAUCGAGCUGAACUACGCAAAACAAAUAAGAAACCUCUCGAAGAAAUUUCAGCCUAAGAAGAACUCCAGAGAAGAGGACGAGUACAAGUACACCUCCUGCAGAGCAUUUCUGAUGACACUGAAUGAGCUGAAUGACUACGCCGGGCAGCACGAGGUCAUUGCCGAGAACCUCUCCACACAGAUCAUCUCAGAGCUGGUACGCUACAUCCAGGAGCUGAAAGCUGAACGGAAAGCGCAUUUCCACGAUGGUCGCAGAGCUCAGCAGCAUAUUGAGAACUCCUGGAAACAGCUGGAAUCGAGCAAACGUCGGUUUGAGAGAGACUGCAAAGAAGCCGACCGUGCACAGCAUUACUUCGACAAGAUGGACGCCGACAUUAACGUGACCAAGGCCGAUGUUGAGAAGCGGUGUUCACUCAAGGCUAAACAGCAGGCUCAAAUAAGGCAUCAAAUAGCUGAUGACAGUAAGAACGAGUAUUUGUCCUACCUUCAGAAGUUUAAUAAAGACCAACACGAGCACUACUACACACUCAUCCCCCACAUCUUUCAGAGGAUCCAGGAGAUGGAGGAGAGACGGAUUGAGAGAAUAGGGGAGAGUAUGCGGUGCUACGCUGAGGUGGAGCGCAAAGUUCUGCCCAUUGUUAAUAAGUGUCUGGAUGGUAUGACCAAGGCAGCUGAGUCCAUCGAGCCCAAAAUGGACACCAAGCAGGUGGUAGAGACAUACAAAUCAGGCUUCGAACCUCCAGGUGAUGUAGAGUUUGAGGACUACAGCGUAUCUAUGAAGAGAGCCGUGUCCGAGUCUAGCUUCCUGAACGCACGCGGAGAAAGUCGGCGCAGGAGCCGGAGCAAGCUGUGGCCUUUAAUUAAGAGGAAUAAGCUUAUGUCAUUGUUAGCGUCGCCCCGUCAGCCCCCUCCCCCUCCCCCCACGUCACCCUCCCCAGAAGGCCUGGCCAACGGGCCGCACUCGCCCCCGCACAACAAGGAGCCACUCGGACAGCGCCUCAACGACUUCAUGAGCUCCAAACACAAGAUGCAGUGCCUGAGAAGCCUCAAGCGUGGGCUCUCCCUGAAGUUGGUAAGUGGAACAAUCCAGGAGGAUUACAGUCAUUUACCCCCGGAGCAAAGACGAAAGAAACUGCAGGCCAAGUUAAAUGACAUCAGCAAAGACAUCCAGAAAGAGAUGGAUCAGAGGGACGCGCUGAAUAAAAUGAAGGAAGUGUACAUUAAGAACCCACACAUGGGCGACCCCAACAGUGUAGACCCGCGUUUAGAAGAGGUGCGGCAGAGCAUCGAGAAACUCCAGCUCGAGGCACACAAAUAUGAGACCUGGCUAACAGACGUGGAGAGGAAGCUGCUGGAGAAGGAUAGCACACUGCGGAGACAAAGCGCCCCUUUUGAUCCACAGGGCAACACGGGCAACGUUGCAAACAGCUGUGCCCAGAACAGAGAGAGUCCGGACGGCAGCUAUACGGAAGACCCCAGCACGGAGACGGUGCAGUUCAAGUCACGCAGCACCGAGUUUGACGAUGAGUUUGACGAUGAAGAACCUUUACCCACCAUAGGAACAUGCAAGGCUCUCUACCCUUUCGAAGGUCAAAACGAGGGCACCAUCCCCAUGGCGGAAGGUGAGAUGCUGUACGUAAUCGAGGAGGAUAAAGGUGACGGCUGGACACGAGUGCGCAGAAACGAGGAUGAGGAGGGAUACGUGCCUACGUCCUACAUCAAGCUCUGCUUCGACGCCAACUCCAAAGAUCCCUAAAAGCGUUUGGCUGGCACAGAAGUGGCAGGGCAAGCAUCCUUGCAUGAAACAUCCUCCUCUUUAAUGCGUAGUCAGAGAGGUGCUGUGUGAGGCCGUCUGACCGGCCGAGCCAUUCUUAACCCAAACUCUGAAUGAAUCUCUUCUUCUUCGCGCCGCAGGCAAAAAAAACUAUUCAUAUAACUGUUCGGAAACUAUUGUUUGAGAUCUGUUUUGUUUCUUUGUUUGUUUUUAAAUAACCCGUGUGUUAAUGAUUUGCAGAGCUUGCUUCUCGUAUAAGCCUAGACUUCUCAGCCUUGUGUAGUAGCUGCUUGCUCUCUGGCCGGAGCAAUUAGAGCUCAACUCUAGUCCUCAGAAUCAGAUACAGGACCGUGACGUGCUUCUAGUCAAGCUGGUCAAGCUUUUCAUAAUAGUCCGGAUCCAGUAGCUGCCGUCUUUCUGCUGGCCUGCAGAAGGUUCUUGAAAAUUCCCUAGGGAUUUUUAAAAAAAAAAAAAGAAAAUACUAAUCAGGCCAAAUAUGAUUGUGAAAAGCAUUAAUAUAUUAUGGCAGUGGUUGAGUGGGUGGGUUAAGGGGUCGGGUGUUAUUUUGAAAGGUAUCUCAUAUCAUGUACAUUAUGGUGUUUUUUGUGAUUAAAUCUGUUGAGUGAAGUGGUUGAAGCAGGCAGCUUUAGAGUUGCAGUCCUUCAGUCGGUCACUCUUUCUUCACAGAGAUGAAAGCAGUGCAACCUCACUCAUCACUCACUCAUCACUCAUUUAGUCACUCGCUCACUCACUCAUGCUCACUUUCUUCCCUGUAUUGUGUGUAUACGCUGCAUCUCUCUCUCUCUCCCUCUCUCUCUCUCUCUCUCUCUCUCAUAAUUCUUUAGCACCAGACACUGCUGUACCAUACAAUACAGUUACUAACACAAAUCUGUUUUUCAGUGGAUAGUUUCUUCAAUAUAUAACUUCAAUUAAAUACUUUCGAAAAGCAUGUGUCGCUGUCAUUCGACCUACGAUGACUCCUACUAAACAAGUAUGAGUCAGUUCCUGCAGUAAUGGCAGUGAGCCACCGUCGAGUAAAGGAUGACAAUAUUGAAUUCCAGUAAAAAUUAAGAAAAUGCUAUUUUUCUUCGAGGCAUUAAAAUUCAACACAUUCGGUGUAGGUAUAUAGUAAAUAAGGAAACACAUGGUGGACAUGCUGUCAGAGGAUAAUAAAUCAACAGCUCCAAGAGCGCUGACACUGGAGACUUCUUCCAUAAAUGUUAAAAAGGUUCUUAUUCCAUAGCAAGGAUUACGUUUUAUUCUUAUUUAAGAGAAAGAUUUGAUUAUAUUUACUCUUAGAUUAGGCUGAGCAUCUGCCUUACAGGUCCACAUGAAUGAGUUGUUACUGUAGAAAUAAGUAUGCAUCAGGAGAAGUAAAUUAAUUUAAACAUGCAUGUUGUUGUUAUAGACAAAGAAUCGACACUUUCUGCUUAAUUAGAAUCGAGAAUUCACUCAAACUUUGAAAUUAGUGAUUGUGAUCGUAUCACACUGUCUGGUGGAAAAGAGCUAAUGUUCUUUGUGGUUUCCUGUCUCUUUCAUCCUGUCUUCCUCUUCCUGUCUUGUACUUUUCCUCACUUUGAAUCUGUUUCUUUUUUCAUCCAUCUCUCCCUCUUCCAUUGUUUCUUAUUUUUACUUUUCCUGUCUCUCUCUUUUCUCUCUCUCUCUCUCUCUCUCUCUCUCUCUCUCUCUCUCUCUCUCUCUCUCUCUGUGGGCUCAGUGGCCGUGGCCAUAGCCGUGUGUCGUGUAGCUGUAGUGGUGCGUUCACUCGAUGUUGAUGAUGUUCUCCAGCUGGUGCUGUGUUUCUGCGCAUGCAUGCUUGCCCUGUCUCUUUGUCUGUGCCAGUCUUAGGGGUCCAGCAAGUUCUUGCCUUCACUUCCUGAUGGGCGAACUUGCUUCUUCAGUUGUGUUUGUGCCUGUGGUUUACUUUUUACUUAUUUAUUCAUUAUCUAUAUUUGAAUUAAAAGGUUUUUAAUUUUCGCCACCCGUGCAUGGCCACUUGCUUCAUGCUCCCUAAGUUCUUCUCUCUCCCUUCCUUUUUUUUUACUUGUUCUAUUUUUUAUGAAAAUUGAGAUGCUUCUUUUGGAUCAACAUCAUUUUUCAGUAAUUUAUGUUGAUGUUAAAAACAAAUAUUUACCUCAUUUUUGAUGGAUUUUGGGCUGCUGUUUCAAUCAGCUCUGAAUGACUAACAUUGUGGUUUAUCUCCAUUUAUAAAGAAAGAGUACUGCAGUAUGGAGCUGCGAGUCUGAUUGUGUGUGUGUGUGUGUGUGUGUGUGUGUGUGUGUGUGUGUGUGUGUGUGUUUUCUCUGUAUUGUGCUUUGGAUUUUCUGACUCUCUCUUUCCCUCAAGACAUUCUCAUAAACACCAAACUGCCAAGAUAUCAGAGCCUUGUAACAUCAGUGUUGAUCCCAGCUGCUGUUUAUUAGUAAUAAUAGAGCUUAAUUCUAUUUCAAUUUUCCAAACAGAACCAUUGUAAAAUGCAUCACCUUUUUAUGUGCAAAUUAAUCAAAUUAAAGGCCGUUGUGAAAUAUG